UCCUUAACGUGUACCGUACACAGAUUCCCAUACGAACACUCAAAAAUCUUGAAAGAGAAAGAGAGAAUGGUAUCGUGGCUGAUGACUAUCAAGGCGGUGCUAAUAUCUACCGGCGUCGCCUCCGUCGGACUGUUGCUCAAGGUCUCUGUCCCGGUGGCUGUGGAUUUCUCCGUCUCGCAAGCUCCGAUCCUGUGGAGUUCUUUGCUGUCGUGGCUGAAACCGCCGUAUCUCUACAUACUCACCAACGGAAUCAUCAUCACCAUCGUGGCUUCUUCGAAGUAUUACCGGAGCGCUAGCCACCACGAAGAGGAAGACGAUGGAAUCGUUUACGGUGGCGGCGGCGAUUAUGAGCUCCAGACGGAGCUGAUUGUUCAUGACCAAGCUUCUCCGCGGAUGCUCGAGGAGAAAGAUAGGCAAUUCGAUUUCGUAGUUUCUAACCUGCCGUCUCGGCAACUGGAACCGGAGACGAUUACGGCGGUUAUGUUUAAAGACGCGGAGGAAGAGAAGAUAAAAGAUGUGGUGGAGACGGUGGAAGAUGAAGAUGAGACUGAAUCGGAGCUCAAGAGCGUGAUUAUGAUGGAAAGUUCCGAUUUGAUUGGAUCCGGUGGAGAUGAAGAUGUCAUGUUACCACCAGCGAUUUCAAAUCAGACUAAUCUGCAACCACGUAUGACUGAAUCAGAGAAUAUCCCUCCGACUGAGAAACCUUUAGUUUCUUCAAGGUUCGGCCACCGUAAAUCAGUUAAAGCUAGUCCAGAAGGUGGAAGAGCGUUGUUGAGAGUGGCGAAGCCGAAGAGGAACGAGACACUGGAGAAUACUUGGAAGAUGAUAACGGAAGGGAAGUCAACGACGUUGACCAGACCGUUAUACAGAAGAUCCGACACAUUUAGCCGUAUAGAUUCCUGCGGCGAGUCCAGACCGGUUUACAAGAAAUCGGAGACAUUUCGGGACAGGACUAACUAUUACCGGUGUCAGGAAAUGGCGGCGACUAAGAAGUCGAAGGGGAAGGUGAGGAAAGAGCCGUCACUGAGUCAGGACGAGUUGAAUAGGCGAGUUGAGGCGUUUAUUAAGAAGUUUAACGAGGAGAUGAAGCUGCAGAGAAUGGAGUCAUUGAGACAGUACCAAGAGAUAACUGGUCGUGGGGUUUAGCUCUUUUUUAUUUUUUGAAAAAAAGGUUUAGCUCCUUUUUAUAAAUCUUUAUUGGUUUUUUAAACACAAGAAAAAACUAGACUAAAGAGGUGAUUAUAGUCAUCAUGGUUUGAACCCCAAAAAUGGCAUAGUGAAAAAAUAUGUUCAUUAAUUUGUGAAUCUUAAAGUUAGGUUUACACAGACUUUUCGUUUGUUGUUGUUGCUGCUGUUGUUGUGUGUAUAAUCAUAUAGUGAGCUCUACAUUUGGGUUGCAAAUAUUUAGCUAUACAUAUAUCAAAUAGCUUUGGAUA